AUGAAAUUCAUUCUACCAACAAUCCUCCUCCUCCUCGCCACCCUCACAACAGCAACCCCCUCCUCCCCCUUCACCGGCGCAUCAAUCCAACAAUGCAACGAAGCCCUCACCGCCCGCGCCGCCCACGCCUACACCGACGCGCACCCGCAGCUCGCCGCCCGCUCCAGCAAUAACAACAACAAGAAGAAAAAGGGGAAAAAGACUAAAAAGCCCAAAGGAGGCCAUUUGGGCUCUAACAACGAUACCGAGACCGAGAGCGCCGCUAUGAUGAGGUUUGUACCGCCGAUGGGCGCGUUGCAAGUUGGUGUUGUGGGGUUCGGGGUGCUUGAGGUUGUGAGGCUGUGGGGGUGA